AUGAAAGACAUCGCCCACACCGCCGCCAUCAUGGUCCGCCAGGGCAAGACCCUCCGCGGCGCCCUCGCCGCCAAGACCCGCACCCUCAACUCGCGCCUCGCGUCCCACAAGGCCGUCGUCACGGCCGAGGCCAAGGCGGCCGAGCGGGCCAGCAAGAAGGCGGCCGGCGAGCCGGUGUCGGACUCGGAGCCCGACAGCCCUACGCUCGAGCGGGAGAGGCAGGAGAAGGAGAGGCAGGAGCGCGAGCGCCAAGACCGGCAGCUGCAGCGCGCCGAGCGGAUCCACGGGAUGCUGCGCGCUGCGGCGCGCGGCCGCGGCCGCGGGCGGCGCGGGCGCGGGCGGGGGCGCGGCGGCGGGCACGGGGCGGUGUACGAAGAGGAUCCGGCGGCGCGGCGGCAGCGCGUGGCGGCGGCGGGGCCGAAAGAGACGGAUCUGCGGACGGAUGAGAACGCGAUGCUCUCGUUCGGCCAGCGGGUGCGGCCGGGGCAGGCCGGCGGCGUGCUGGGGAUCGCGGCGACGUGGGGCGGCCUCGCCAACGGGGCGAACGCGGAGGGCAUGCCGUUCGGCUGGGGCCGCCCGAUCGUCGGCGCCGUGCCCGGUCCGGCGUCGUCGAUGCCGCCAGGGAGCUACCUGGAGAGCGUCGCGCGCUUCGCGGCCGGCGCGGGCGCGCGCGUGCACGCGCUGGUGCAGCAGCUGCUCGGGCCGCAGCUGCGGGCGCUUGAGCCGGAGGCAGUCGCGCAGAGGGCGGCGCAGAAGGCGGCGGCGGCGGCGCAGCAGCAGCAGCAGCAGUAG